AUGGUCUCCUCCCCAGUGAAGUCCCAGGAACCUCUUACCCAGGCACGGUCAGUGGAAGGGAAGCUCAUUCUUGGCAGAGCCCUCAUGUGGCAUCCGGUGUGUGUCCCCCUAGCAACGCACGACGAUGUUGUGGAGGCCGGUGGGAGUGAGAAGACCGAGGAGGAGGCCCAGGCUGUGACCAAGGAGGAGGAGGCGGGCCCGGCCCCUGAGAAGGGGGCAGAGGAGGCCGCAGCCGUUGGCGAGGCAGAGGAGGAGGCGGGCCCAGGCAGUGACAAUGACAAGACGUCCCCAGCCAGGGCUGGGGCUGAGCAGGAAGAUGAAUCUGCCCCCAAGGUGGACGGGACGGACGGUGAAAGCUUGUGGAGCACUGUGAGUCUGUGUGGCAGCGUCCACGAUGAAGAUGACACAGACUCGGUGGUGGGGAGCAGCAACAGCCACCAGGACGAGGAGGCUGCAGAAUCUUGCUUUGGGAGGAAAGGAUCUUGCUUCAGGAGCCUGAGGAUAAGUUUGUCCUCUGCGAGCUUGGCUAGACUAAUCCCCUGGUGGCCGCACAACAGGGUGCACCCAGCCACUGAGCCAGAUGAAGCAACGCACGACGAUGUUGUGGAGGCCGGUGGGAGUGAGAAGACCGAGGAGGAGGCCCAGGCUGUGACCAAGGAGGAGGAGGCGGGCCGGCCCCUGAGAAGGGGGCAGAGGAGGCCGCAGCCGUUGGCGAGGCAGAGGAGGAGGCGGGCCCAGGCAUGACAAUGACAAGACGUCCCCAGCCAGGCUGGGGCUGAGCAGGAAGAUGAAUC